AUGUGGCCCAGCGUGGAGCAUUUGCAAGGCUUUUGCUCCGUAGUGCUUUGCACCUCUUUGCUCACGCAGGUGGGAUACCGAGAGCCCUUGAUUUGGACGGACGUCUUGCAGGGUGCUGCACAGCUCUUGGAAGAGGGCGGCAUUUUGUUGAUGUACGACACCGAGAAGUGGGGGGACUUUGCCAAUGUUGAGAAGAUGACACAGCAGAUCAAGAAGGCGCAGCUGGACUUGGAGCUCCUCGAGCGCCAGGAGCCCGUGGACUUCUCCGACGACCCCGAUGGGCGCAUGUUCACCGUCGCCUUCCGCAAGACUGGGAGCUCCGCGCGGAAGUCCUGCGAGUGGCUGGUGGAAAAAGCGGAGCAACUGAAACAAGCAGGCAACAGCUACUACUCCAACCUCGCAAAGUGCCGCGACGCCCGCGAGAAGCUGAGCUCGAGUCCACGAGUGGCUGCCCUUUGGAAGUCUGUGGCUUGUUAUGUGCAAGGCCUCGACUGUUUGUCACUGGCACGGAGCCAAAGCGUGGAAGAGCGUUCUUCACAGAUGAACCAUAUCUCCUCCAGGCUCUACUCGAACCUGGCUGCGGCCUACCUGGAACUGGGCGAGACUGCUGACACCUACGAGCAUGCCUUGCGUGUGAUUGACCUUGCCCUGGCGCCUCCGCUGUUCGUUGGGAACAGGCAACUCAGAGGUGGUAGACUUGGCCACCAAGGUGGACGGACACCGGUUGUAUCCUAUCCAGGACAUCAAUGUAGUAGGAUUCUGUGCGCAUGCGCAUACUGCAGUGUCUAG